CGAGUUCUAGGUAAGCUAGCUUUGUACGAGUUGGAUUAGUUUCAGAGCUUUAAUGGAGUUUCAUCCCCUUCCCAUUCUGACUUCUUUCUUGCUGGUGGUGGUGGUGGUGAGCCAUGCUUAUUCUCUACCUUCCGAUGUUGAUGGGAAGUCGGCUUUGCCUAUUACUCCCUUCCGGAAAGCUAUGCGGAAUCUCUUAAUGCAGCCUGCAGGAAGUUCUACCGAUGCUCAAAAGCAUGCUAGCUCGAUUGCCGAAUAUGAAGCAGUCUAUGGAAACCCUCAAAAAGUAGAAGGAAGUCCUAUCAAUUCUCACAAGGAUGGUAGCCCAAUUGCCGGAUAUGAUGCAGUCUAUGGAAACCCUCAGAAAGCUGGAGGAAGUUCUAUCAAGGCUCACAAUGAUGCUAACUCAGUUGCCGGAUAUGAUGCAGUCUAUGGAAACCCUCAAAAAUUAGGACGAAGUUCUACCAAUGCUCAUCACAAAGAUGCUGGCGCAAUUGCUGGAUAUGAUGCAGUCUAUGGAAGCACGAAAAAACAAGGGGAUGCUAGUCCAAUUGCUGGAUAUGAUGCAGUCUAUGGAAGCACGAAAAAACAAGGGGAUGCUAGUCCGAUUACUGGAUAUGAUGCAGUCUAUGGAAGCACGAAAAAACAAGGGGAUGCUAGUCCAAUUGCUGGAUAUGAUGCAGUCUAUGGAAGCACGAAAAAACAAGGGGAUGCUAGUCCGAUUACUGGAUAUGAUGCAGUCUAUGGAAGCACGAAAAAACAAGGGGAUGCUAGUCCAAUUGCUGGAUAUGAUGCAGUCUAUGGAAGCACGAAAAAACAAGGGGAUGCUAGUCCGAUUGCUGGAUAUGAUGCAGUCUAUGGAAGCACUCGAAAACAAGGGGAUGCUAGUCCAAUUGCUGGAUAUGAUGCAGUCUAUGGAACCUCUCAAAAAGCAGAAGAAAGUUCCAUCAAUGUUCACAAGGAUGCUAGCUCAAUUGCCGGAUAUGAUGCAGUCUAUGGAAACUCUCAACAAAAAGCAGGAGGAAGUUCUAUCAAUGCUCACAAAGAUUCUAGCCCAGUUGCGAGUUAUGGUGCAGUUAAUGUGUUUUUGGAAAAAGACCUGCAUCCUGGGACAAAAAUGGCUGUGCGCUUCACAAAAACCUCAAGUGCAGCUCAUUUCUUGCCCCAUCAAGUUGCUGAAUCCAUACCUUUUUCAUCAAACAAGCUACCAGAAAUUUUGAAGCGAUUCUCCAUGAAAGAAAACUCCGCAGAAGCCCAGAUGAUACAGAAAACAAUAAAACAAUGUGAGACACCUGCCAUAGUAGGAGAAGUUAAGUACUGUGCGAGGUCCUUGGAGUCCCUAAUUGAUUUCAGCACUUCAAGGCUGGGAAAAAACAUUCGAGUUCUCUCCAAUGAGGUGGAAGCGGACAUCCAGGAGUAUAAAUUUGGAGAGGGAGUGAAGAUGGUGGGAGAGAAAUCAGUGGUGUGCCACCAGCUGAACUAUCCAUAUGCUGUGGCAUUCUGCCAUACACUUCACAUGACAAAGAUUUACAUGGUUCCAUUGGUGGGUGCUGAUGGAACCAGAGUUGAAGCUGUAGCAGUUUGUCACCGGGACACUUCAACUUGGGACCCAAAGGCUUUGGUCUUUCAAAGCCUCAAAGUUAAGCCAGGAACUUUGCCCAUCUGCCAUUUCCUUCCUAAUGGUCAUAUUGUCUGGGUUCCAAAGUAGGUAGAGAUCCGCAGAAAGCCUCAAACCCAAUUGCUGGCUUGCAGUUUCUGUAAUAUAUUGUAUGCUAUUUGAAUAACGGCAAGGGUUGAGGAAUGUGUGUCCUAACUCCUAUGUGUAAUAUUAUUCAGUAACGAGUGACUGUCUCCUUGAUUAUUUAUUUCUUCGAGUUAAUUUCAUUCUCCUUCUCUCAA